CCUGUCAGUGGUCAUAAUGUUGCGGCUGAUCGGCGUAUGAACCUGCUGGAUCCUUUUAACUCCUGGCUUUAGUCUCCGUAACGAUUCCACACGAUGCCACUGUCAUUAGAAACUGCAAAUACAUGUCUGUUAAUAGGUUCAAGUGUCUUUAAUUGUGGCACCUAAUGUUUAGCAUAAUGCACCGUUAUAGCACCACUGAUGUGAGACUGUCGCAUCCGACUCUGAGCUGUGAGUUAUAAGGGUCUAUUUACGUCUCCUCUCCGGUUGUAUCACCUUUUUUGUUUUUUUUUUUCCACGAGCGCUGACUUCCUGGUGACAUGUUUAACACCCAGAUAAAGACGUUUGCGUUUAACAUGUCAUCGGUUAAUUUCCUCUUUUCCUUUAAUUCUUAUGCGAGGAAAUGUACACUUCUCUCUGUAAUCAUUGCAUGUAGUCAUUGCGAAGAUAAAUUAACAGGCAAUCUGAUAAAAGCUAUUUUAAGAAAAGGCAUUAGCAGAAAGGGCACCUGUAAAAAAAAAAAAAAAAAAGAAAAAAAUGGAACAUUUGAGCUUCUCAGACAAAAGAAAGAAAACAUUUUGACCUUUAUUAAACCUCAUAAACAGGUGACCGGAGAAACCACAAGAACGUGUUCUUUCCCCUGCGCACGGAAAUGGAAAAAAAAAAAAAAAAAAGCUCUGCAAAAGAUCACACAAAAUGGUUAUUAGCUCAAAACUUCACUUUGCACGACAGCGUGCACCUGUUCUCUUUGGUACAUUUGCAUGCAGCGUCCAAGCAUUUGGAGAACUUGACUUGAUCGGUCUUUGUGACUUCAUGCUUUGCGCUGUUGUCGUGCAGCAGAACUAAUUUAGUGACCUCCCACGCGUAAUGUGGCGAACGAACCAUCUAAGUUGCCAAAACUCUGCUUCCAUCACACGCAUAUAAGGAGAGAAGCCUGGUAGUUUUGGUGCAAAUAAUAGAUAUUUAUAAGGUUGUUGGGUGCUGUGCUGCUGCUGCUGCUGCAAAGUGAAAACUGGAUUUGUGGGUCGGCUCUAUAUGGGCUGUCAUAACCACACACCACAGAAUCUACUCCCUUUCAUCCUGUUUGUGACAGGGUUUAAAUGUUCAGGGGGGGUUCAGAUGCAGAAGCCUGAAUCUUAAAGUCAUCAGCUGAAUAUUCUCAGAGGAAACCAGGAGUUAAUUUGUGUUAAAUUCGUGUUAAAUGCUAAGCCGUGCACACUGCAAACACGUAACGCAGGCUGCGGCGUGCAGGGGUUUGGGCGUGUGCACCGAUCAGGCAUAACAUUAUGACCACCUUCCUAAUGUUGCGUAGGUUUUUUCCUUGUACGACAGUUGUUGGUCAUCGGAGAAUGGACACGGGUCUUCAGAGGGUGUCCUGUGAUUAGGAUGGACGGUGUUUUUUUAGAGGGGAGGUCACAUUUGGGCUGCUGUUAUCUGGGAGUCAUUGUUAUGGGGCCUGUUGUACUCUAGGUACAUGCACACAGAUGCGGGUCCAAGAGUUUUCAGGAUGGUCAAAGCUACUUACUUCUCCUGAUAGUGGUUUUAAUGUUGUGGUUGAUCGGUGUAAUUCGUCUCAUUAACGCUAAAGUAUCCAGUGUCCGUGUGUUUUAUGUCUGUGCUGUGUCCACGGCUGAACGAUCCAUUGAUUCCAAAUUGAUGUAGUGACCCAGAGUUAAUUUAUAUUCAACUUAUUAUCUGACUUGAUGUGUACUCAACACACACAUCGGGAGCAGUUUCUGCACCUUUUAGCAAUCACAUGUUGCGUUAAUGUUUUUUAUCACUUUUUUUUUUAAUCACAAACAGUGUUGACUUUAACUUCUUGUUUUUUUUGUUUGUUUUUUUUUUUUUUUAUCCCAAACGAGAAUAUCUCUAAGAAAUUUAUCAGCUUAGUCUCAGAGAGUGGAAAUGUACAUCAACUUUUUCAUUGUGUCUGUUUAUCAGUCAAAGGAAGUGUUAACGUACUCAACCACACACACACACACACACACACACACACACACACACACACACACACACACACACACACACACCACACACACACACACACACACACCCACACACACACACACACACACACACACACACAGAGUCUGAUUUGAAGAUUAGUUGCCAGUCAAACCCUUGGGAGGAGGUGUGAUGAGAAACGAAGAAAGGGCAUCAUUGGUGGUAAAAAGAUCUUGUCGUCAUUAGACACUGGAUAGUUUGGCAGUUAGUUGUUGAGAGGAGUGAGAGGAGAACUAACCUCUGAUGUUUGCUUCACAGGACAUCAGAUGGGAUAAAAGAGUCAAGCUCGCAGCGUUACCGACAGGAACAAGAAGCAACCAGUGAGCUACACCUGAGGAAAGUCGCAAACCAGUGGUUUGACAGCUGCCGAAAGAGAUCACAGCCAGGCAUGAAACAUGGAGAGCGACGCGGAGAAGCUUCGCCUGCAUCUUCUCGUUCUUCUGGUUCUGACCUCCACCGUCAGCAGUUCUGGAUGUCCGAGCAUGCCAAUAGACAAUCUCAUUUGCUAUAACGACUACAACCGAAGCAUCGCCUGUGAGUGGAACAGCACUGAGUGGAUGUCCGAUCGCCGAUAUUCGUCAGACGCUCCAUGCACAAUAUACGCCGAGUUGGUAAAUUUUAGAAGAUUUUAUUACAACGGUUCCUGUAACCUAGAACCAGUUGACCCCGCCAACCCAGCCCGACGGAAGUGUUCCAUGAUCUUAAAAUCUAACACAAAGUCCUACUAUUUUCAAUCCUUCCACAAGGUGUCCAUAAGCGUGACCUGUCAACCUGUGAAGGAAAUCCUAAACAGAAUAAAAUACUACAUACCUAUUUGUCAUGUUAAACUGAAUCCUCCAGGAAAACCAACUAUCAAUGUCACCACUGUUUCCUGGCUCGCCUUCACCACCAAGCAUGACUUCAUCACCAAUUACGAGUCAGAGCUGCAGUGGAAACAACGGGACCAAUCUUGGAGUGAGUGCCAUAUCGUGAAAAAAGGUGAAACGUGCACCGAAGAGCUGGAGCGGGACUCGCUGAUACAAGGCGAGAUGUACGAGGCACGUGCUCGCGUGCUGCCAGGCGGAGGUUAUGAGGGAGCCUGGAGUGACUGGGGCCCCACUGCAUCAUGGUCAUCUCCCGUGGGGAAAACAAAACCGCCAUCAGAUGUUGUUGUGGGCGUUGUGCACAUUGUUGUAGCAUUUGUGGCAGUGUUUGCCUUGCUGAUGGGUGCUUUCGUCCUCAAGAACCACAAGACCACAUGGGUUUACAUGAUCAAGAGGAUCAGAGGUCCGCCCGUACCGAACCCAGCUGAGUCCUUCUUGCAGGAUAGUUGGCAGAGCCCGCACUUCACCAGCGACUCCUUCCACUCCUUCAUGAAACAAGUGGAUAUCCUCUCUGUAGAAGUAACCUCCAAGGUGGAUGUGGUCGUACCCUACAAGCGAGAGGAGAAGUCGCUGAAGAAAUUGGCCACCUACGACUCCACCAACUCCAGCUUCUCCAACCCAAGUUACUCUGAGCUUUGUAGUCCCCCUCCGGUUAUCUCGCUAACUCCUGGAAAUCUGGAGCCCUGUGCUGCUGAUUCACCUUAUGGGCCCGUUGGUAGUCAGAGUGAGGAAGGAAACGCAGAACAGGAUGACAAUAAAAUGAGAGGGAGGGAUAUGGAGAUCUUUAAGUUGCUGUCCAAGAGCAGCAGCAGCAGCAGCAGCAGUGAGCUGCUGCAGGUCGAUUCAGACUAUAAGAAGACGGAGCAGAUCCAGGCUGAGCGCCUGAGGCUCCAGAGUCUAGAUUCAGGCAUGUGCAGCUGCGAAGAGGUCAGUCAAGAGAGCAUGGAGGUAGAUAGCAUCAACGUGUCUGACAGCCACGAUGAGGAGCUUGAGGAGGAGGAGGAGGAGGAGGAGGAGGAGGAGGAGGUGCAGAAGGAGGGAGUUGACGUUCAAAAGGUAGCUUUUGAGAGGCUCUUUGGAAUCAAAGGAGGUGUUUUUGGCAAGGAGUCUAUUACCAUCUGCUCCGGUUACGAGAAGGUCCAGAACCUGCAGGCUGACAGCCUAGAGCUCGCCAGCCUCGACUCAGGUGUUAGCAUCGUUAGCGGGGAGCAGGCGAGUCAGGAGGAGACCCCGGAGGGCGUCGACAACCCAACCGAAUCGACGCGCUUCCUGUUUCCUCCCCCUCCCUCCAUUGCCUUACCGUGCUCUCUGCUCCCCAUGCCACUACCACCAUCUAGUCUGAGCUCGGCCUUACGCCCUCCUCUGAGCCACGUGCUCGAGAGGAUUGCUCGGAUGUCGAGCGCCGAUUUAGUGGAGCCCUCCGGUGAUGGCUAUCUACCGGUGACACAGAAGCAGUGCUGAACCAGAUUAGAAAAACAGGCCCGGCUGUAAAACGCUGCACAGUAAAGUAUGUAGCAUGUGCAGGAUCGAACGCAGUAAGACAUUCACUCACGUGCCUUGACUGUUUUGUCUGCGAUGCGUAACAUCAAGCGAACCGUUACUCGGUGCUCAGGGGUUUAAACUCAGCGAAGGAGGAGGGGGUUAAUGAAUGUAUUUUUUUAUUAUAAUAGUUAUUAUUAUUAUUAUUAUUAUUAUUAUUAUUAUUAUUAUUGCGACUGCUUUUUUUGUAGUCUGUGACAUAUGUUCAUGUCUAUUAGUUAAUCGUACACAUAGAAAGUACAACUGACUGUGGCGUGCAUGUGAGGGGCGGGGUUUGUACACCGAUCAGGCGUAACAUUAUGGCCACGUUCCUAAUAUUCUGUGGGUGUGACAUGAUCAGUCCGGGAUCUAGUGAGUUUGGAGGCCAUUUUUUUUUUUUCCUUUUUUCCUUUCUUUUCCUUAAGUUGUUUUUGUGUGUGUGUCUGUGUCAGGCUGCACAGACGUUAUAUGUCUAAGUAACAUCCACAUGAAUGCCAGGUCCAAAAGUUUCCCAGCAGAAAAUUGUAUUGUCACAAGACGGUCAGUGGUUAUUUAUUUGUCUUGUCAGCGGUCGUAAUGUUAUGCCUGAUCGGUGCCUUUGAAACCGUACCUUCUGAUAGCCCAGCUGUUGCUUUUAUUUGUAAAAACGCAACCUUUUCAAAGUUUCACACGUGAACAAUCCUAGAAUCGCUUUCUCACUUUGUCCACUUUUUAAAGGCGACACACUGAAUGUAUCCCACUUCUUCUCCUCUUUUAUUUGCUGCAUUGCUACCGUACCAAACACUUCAGCGACUGCCGUCCGCUGCAUCUCCAGCAGAGCCGGUGUGCAGUCACCCACGCAUCAAAACAGCACGUGUUCAACUUUAAACUUUGCAUCCUUUGCCACAAUAAUACAAAUAUAUGUUUUUUUUUGUAAUGUUCCUUUUUUGUUCUUUAUUUACGUUCAUAAGGCAACUAUAUUGAAAUGUACCUACUUGAAGAACUUUGUGUUACACUGGCAUGUUACUGUGUGUGUGAAAUAAAUACAUAUCCUGGAACUUU